AUGAAGGGGUUGCCGAGGACGGCAUUAGUGCUCGAUGGAGCGCUUCUGAGGUUGAGGGCGCCGACAUGCUGCCUGUCGUUGGCACGACCCAUUUGCUGCGCGCCAGUCGCGUCGUGUACUGGCAGUACCCGCUACUCGUCCUCAAAUUCGCGAUGGAAGCAGCGGCAGGGUAAUGACUUCUUUGCUCGCGAGGCCCGCGUACAGGGCCUCAAGAGCCGGGCAGCUUUCAAGUUGCUCGAGAUGGACUCAAGGUACAAGAUCUUCAAAAAGGGUCAAAUGGUGGUUGAUCUGGGCUACGCACCCGGCUCAUGGUCUCAGGUCGCCCAGGAGCGCACCAAGCCGAGCGGCCAAAUCGUCGGAAUCGACCUGAUCCCCGCCCAGCCGCCAAAGGGCGUGUCGACGAUACAGGGCAAUUUCUUGAAUCCGGCGGUCCAGAACCUGGUCAAAGAGUACCUCCGAGAAUUUUCUAGAAAACCCCCACAGUAUAGGAAGUCGGCUGAAGAUGAAGAGGGCACCAUACUUGAUGCCGCAGAGUUCGAGUCCCUCAUCAAGGGCAAGCCCAGUUAUAUCGACGCCGAGCGGGCAGACACGGCUGAGCAUGCGCCGUUUGACGACGGGGGUCGAUUAGUUGAUGUAGUGUUGAGCGACAUGUCAGAACCUUGGCCACAAACUUCCGGUUUUUCCAGUAACACGUUGAGUAACCCGUAUCGCAGGAUGAUGAACACGAGCGGAAUGAGCUUUCGGGAUCAUGCCGGCAGUAUGGAUUUGUGCCUUGCUGCGCUGCAAUUCGCCAGCGACACCCUGAGGUCGGGAGGCCACUUUGUUUGUAAAUUUUAUCAGGGCUCCGAGGACAAGGAUCUGGAAUUGAAGCUCAAGAAGAUGUUUCGAAGGGUAGCUAGAGAAAAGCCCGAAUCUUCCAGAAACGAAUCGAGAGAAGCCUUUUUUGUAGCUCUUGGGAGAAAGAGCGAUGUAAAACUAGAGGAAAUCACCAAAUAA